AUGGCUUGCUCUGUGUUGCAAUCGAUGAGUCUGCUAUACGUAUUCCUUCCCCUUUUUUGUGCAAAUCUCUUUUACUGUGGAAUCCUGCUAUUGGAGAGGUCAGACAGAUCCCUAGAACAAGUAGUGUUAAAUAGUGAGGUUUAUGCCGAAGGAUUUGGGUUCAGUGCAAUUGUUAAUGAUUAUAAGAUAGUGAGAGCUUAUGCUAAGUAUGAUGGUGUGAUUAAUGGAGUUGAAGUGUAUUCAUUAAGCACAGGUUCAUGGAAGGAAAUAGAAUUUGGACCUUUAAAGGGUGUUAGCCUUUUUGGUGGCACUGUCACUGCCAAUGGAUCUAUCUUUUGGCAUGUUCUAAAGUCAGAUGUGGAAGAUGACAUCGAGAUGGUGGUUUCAUUUGAUAUUGCCACGGAAGUGUUUACAUUGAUACCAUGGCCUCCUUUAUCGGAUGGUUCAAGUUCUAAGUUGUCUGUGUAUGAGGACAAGCUGGCUGUGAUUUCUCUCUCUGGGAUUGGUGACUUUCCGAACUAUCUAUAUUCUUUGAUUGAUUUGUGGGUGCUAGAGGAAGUUAUAGAUUCAUCUACGGAGAGAUGGAGGUGGACUAAAAAAUAUACUUGCAAUUCCUGCCCAUCCAUGUUAGAUUAUCCUGUGACCAUUUGGAGGAAUGAAAUUGUCUGUGCUUACCUUGGAAAGCCUAUAUUUACAAAUGAGAGUGGAGGACGUGAAAUGGAGACUGAUGAAGAAAAUUUUGGUCUAUACUUGAUCAAUAUCAUUACCAAUGAAUGCAAGAUGUUGGCGGUCCCAGGACGCUACUGGGGCAAUGGUUUCAAUUAUGUGGAGAGUCUUGUACCAGUUGGCAACAUCCAGUUUGAAGCACCUUCAGGUUAAUUAUUGCAAUGCAAAUUUACUUUUGUUUAGAUAGUUUGGUGGAAGAGAAUCCUUAUCAGUUUAGAUCAUUAUGUGAUGAUAAGGUUUGAUGCCUUUAGAAAUGUUUAGAUAUGUAAUGUAGAAUCAUGAAUGUAGAUAUUUAAUGCCAGAUGUUCUUGUUAUGUUUAAA